AAUAUUUAAUAUGAAAACCAUAUUAUCUUUAACAGACGGUGUUUGUGUCUCAGUUCGAAUAGUGUAAUAUUAGCUCGGCUCUCUUAUAUUAUUUAUUAUUAAGCACGACCAUCCACUCAUCAACGUAAUCAUAGAUACAACACGUAUCAUUAGGCCAUCACAAUUAUUACAAAAUAAUGUCUCCAACCUAAGGUCGACGUGGUUGGAAGAUAUUGUGUUUAGUUGUAAAUAAUAACGCGAGGGAAUGGGUAUCGACGUAAAGACAUUUUUCGAUGUUAAGUCAGUAUACGCUUUCAUGUUGUGUCUCGUGUGGUGGAAUUAAAUAAUUGGUUGAAGGAAAUCAUAUCACACACUUUCAGUCGAAAGACACGUUAUUGGCUGAUAACAACUCGCUGGAGAUGCAUUUAUCUAAUGACGGAAUGCACAAUUUGGCGUACACACACUCGGUAACGGAUUUAAACGGUUUGUUAAAGGCUAACAACAAUGAACCCACACAAUCAACCUCAUCGGUGAUGAUUGGUCGUACCAUGAAAAGUGUCGACAAAGAACCGAAAAACGAUGACAGAAUCGAAGAAUCUAUAUCCGGUUCCGGAUGUUCUUCCGCCUACCGCCGUUUUCUAUCCGAUUGGCGUAGCAUUUUAAUUUUAUUAUUUCUGUACACAUUACAAGGACUUCCAUUGGGUCUGAUUACCUCUAUUCCGCUGAUUAUUCAAGAGAAGUCAGCUUCGUACAAUCAACAAGCUAGAUUUUCGUUAGCUGGAUGGCCAUUCAGUUUGAAAUUAUUGUGGGCACCACUGGUCGAUGCACUGUAUUUGAAACGAAUUGGUCGACGGAAAUCGUGGCUAAUUCCAGUCCAAUAUUUGAUUGGUGUGACGCUAUUUGUGCUCUCUUAUCAAGUUGAUCAUUUAAUUGAUACGCUAGAGGUUGGAUGGUUGACCGUGUACUUCUUUUUCCUCAAUUUUCUUACAGCUACCCAAGACAUGGCUGUGGACGGAUGGGCAUUGACUAUGCUGAAAAGAGAAAAUGUUGGCCUGGCAUCUACUUGUAAUUCAGUUGGGCAAUCACUAGGAAUAUUUAUCGGUCACGCCGUUUUUCUGAACUUAGCGUCCAAAGACUUUUCAAACAAAUAUCUACGUAGUGAGCCUCAACCAGAAGGAGUCGUCACUUUAGCUAGUUUUAUGGUCAUCUGGUCGGGCAUCUAUUUUGUGACGACAACACUGAUCUUCCUUUUCAAGCACGAAGGAGACAAAAAUCAUACUGACGAUGAGAAUACCAUUUUCAAAAGCUACACUCGACUAUAUGAAAUUAGUAAAUUGCCGACUGUUAGGCUUUGCAUAUUAUUCCAAAUGACAAAGGGGAUCGGUUUUGCAGCUAGUCAUGUCAGCGAUUUAAAACUUGUCGAGGCUGGAUUGGCGAAAGAGACAAAAGCCCUCUUGUCGGUGCCGUUGAUUCCAAUCAGUAUACUACUUCCAAUUUUCGUUUCGAGAUGGACUGCUGGACGACGACCGUUACGACUGUACGCGAAAGCCUUUGCAGUGGGACUGAUCGUAACCGGAGUUAUUGGAGUCAUGGUUUGGGUAACUGGAGCAGUGAAGGACUUUAAUGGCGAUUUUCCUGGUUGGUACUUUCCAAUGCUUCUUCUUGUCGAGUGUGCAUACAAGAUUUGUACAACAACGAUUUCCGUGUCUAAUAUGGCAUUUAGCGCCAAGAUAAGUGAUCCUGAACAUGGUGCCACUUUUAUGACACUCUACAACACAAUAUCGAACUUAGGAUCAAUGUGGCCUACAGCCAUUGCUCUCUGGCUUAUAGAUCCACUGACAAUAACAAGACCCUGCAUUGAUGACGCUGAUACAGUCUGUGAUAAGCCAACGGUUAAAAUAUUCGAUGGAUAUUACAUUGAAACGAUUGCCUGUAUUGUGAUUGGCUACUGCUGGUUCUUUUGGGCGCAGAAAACUAUCAACAAAUUACAAAAGAGACCUGAAUCGGAUUGGAGGAUUAAAAAACGUGACGAGCCCAAUUACGGCAGUACGAAAACAGUUUAAUUUAUUAUAAUGCACGGAUUAGGUAAAAUAGAUCGUUGAUCAGUACAAUUAUUUGAG